AUGGUCUUAGAGCCCGAUGGUCUGAAAUCGGACAAUAAUAUAACAUCACAAUUGAAUCUUUCAUCAACUAAAGCCGGUGAGAUACAUGUUGAUCUCAUCAUUUGGACAUUGGUGGGCACUGGGAUUAUCAUCAUAAUCAUUCUUAUUAUCAUCAUGAUUAAAGUCUGUAGUUCCAAGAAGACAGGCAUAACCAAGAACCAAGAAGACGUCACGUAUGAGAAUCUCUGUAAUGAAUCAGGUACUCCCACAACGUUCCCACGAAGUGCAAGAUUAGAAGAAACUUACUUGAGACCAUCGGACUGUCGAGAAUCACCAUAUGCUAACCUAACAGCAGAUAACGAAACAUACGCCUUGCCAUACGUAGAAAAGAAUAUUGAAAACCUUUAUUCCAAGCCUGUUUCAAAAUCAGAACGAGGCAAAGUCGCACACUCUAAAACAAGUUUGACAGCAGCAAAAAGAACAGAGCCUGUGUAUGCUGAAAUUGACGUAGAUCCUAAAAUUUUCAAUAAAAAUGUCAACACAGCAAUUGAAUACGCAACAGUCGUGACUCAAUCUCAGGACUGA